AUGAACUUUGACUCGCGAUCAUCUGAGCCGCCAGACGAACCGCUCCAACAGAGCGAGGCCGCCCUGCUGUCUCCGGCCUCACCCAAACCCCUCCACUUCCCCACGCCUACCAAUAUCCCCAUUCUCGAGAUGCAAACCGACGUGGACUUCAACCAGACGGAGAUGCACAUGAAUGACCCAGGCAUGCGCAAUACUGAGCUGAGACCGAACCUGUGGCAAGACCCGAGCGAGCAAGUGGGGGGCGACCAUGCAUCACCAUACUCGACGGGAGGUGAGGCGGUGGGAACUACGACGGAUGAGGGAACGGCACAAGAGGGAUCGACAGAACCGGCAACCACGAUCGAGGCCGCAGAUAGCAUGGAUACCACCACCAUUGAAGCCACAAAUCCACAAGCCAGUCACACUUCCGACGAAGCAUCACAUGAAGCCAACGCCACCCUUGACCACACGUCAGAGCCCACCCAAGCCGCAGCGCCUUCUGCAUCCGCAGAUGUGAGCAUGUCCGCUGCUGAGCCUAGCGACAGUGGUAAUGCACAUACUGAUGCUGCUCAACCCGAGCAAGCACAGUCCACUGCACCUGCUCACAAUGGCAACGUCGACGUCCAAACCUUGUUGGAUACACUGCAGAUGCCACCCUCUAGUAUUGGUGGAAUUGGCAUGACUCCUAUGACCCCAUCCCAAGCCCAGCCAUCCGUGUCUGCGCCUGGUGUUGAACAGUCUCCGUCUGCCUCGUCUACCGCCGGUCAGGGUGCCACGUCUAAUGGACUGCCACCUCGUCCACCACCGCAGGAGCAGCCGCUCAUCCAUCCCAACUAUGUGCACAGUCAGCACAUUCGCGACUAUCAUCCACAUGCAGCCCAUUCUGCCUUCCACCCACAGCAGCAGACCCGCACAGGCAGCCAAGGCAAUUUCGCCGAUCCCACAACCCAUUCGUACGUCCCGCCCGUACAGUCACCUGCCACUGCCUCCGCAAUAGCUGCAACGGUAUCGACACCACAGACCCAAGCGUCAACAUCUCAGUAUAACCCCAAUAAUCCCAACCCAGGCCAAGCAUCGAGUCCCAUCGAAAUCCUACCCUCUGCCACCGCUCUCUCCACCCAGAACCUCCAAAGCACCUUCCCACCCCAACCACAACAACAGCAGGCCAGUGCCGGCAACCAAUACCACACCAGCCGAGCCAUGAGCGCGAGCAGCAGCACACCCAUCGAGUCGAGAAGAGAGUACAAGAUAGCGCAAGGCGAGACCUUGACGCCCGAGGAUAGGCCCUGGGACGCCACGGUUCAGGCGAAGUACGACCAAUUCAUUGAGCGGGAGAGAGGAUAUGUUAGUGAGGGGAGGUGGGAACAGUUUCCUUACGGGAGUCGGCUGUUUGUUGGCAACCUGUCAAGCGAGAAAGUCACGAAGCGAGAUGUUUUUCAUGUCUUCUGGAAAUAUGGGGAGCUGGCGCAGAUCUCUAUCAAGCAGGCCUACGGCUUCGUGCAAUUCCUUGAGGCGGAGGAGUGCAAAGUCGCUUUGACCAGAGAGCAAGGCAGACAGAUUCGGGAGAAAAGGAUACAUCUCGAAGUCAGCAAGCCGCAAAAGAACCGCAACGACGCGAAGCAGCCACCGGCUCGACGCUCGCGAUCGCCGGAUUAUGGCCGAGGUGGAGGCAAGCCACCACAGAAUAAUGACAGGUAUGUAUCCCAGAACAAUGGCAGAAACGUGGGCAGGAAUGGGCAACAGGGUGGUUAUGGCAGACAGGGUGGUCCUGCAUUCCGCUCUCCUUCGCCUCCAAGAGGGAACUAUCGCGACAGGUUUGACGACUACCGAUCUCGCUCGCCUGACUACGACCGCCGCGGUGCUGGCAAUGGUGGUCGGUAUCGCUCUCCCAGUCCGCCUCCGAGGAGGAACGAAGAUGAUGAUCUUCCGCUUCCAAGACGACAAGCGCAUGAAGUUCCAGACGUACAGAUCCUGGUCCUGGAUACGUUGGAUCGCGACUUCAUCUCCUGGAUCGAGAAUGCUUUCUCGUCACGUGGUCUGCGCAUCGAUGUCCUGAUCCUCUCACCAAGACUCAGCGAACAAACUGUUGUGCGGAGACAGAUUGUGGAGGGUGUGGUAGCUGUGGUGAAGUUGACUCGUGGCAAUCAGCAGAACGGCAAGAUCGGUCUCCAAGUCUUCGAUCGGAGUCAAGGGUUAGGAUUGGGAAGUGUCAAGUUCGAGGAGUACGAAUUCCUCGACCCGCCAGUCUGUGCAGAGCUGGUCCUAAGAGCGAAGAGGACUACCCAGCAGCCGCAGACCCAGCAACCGCAAUAUGGUGGGUAUAGCGGCGGGUCGCAGCAGGGAUAUGGUGGACCUCCACCUCCUCAACAGCAGUACGGUGCUGGGUAUGGUCAGCCGCCACCGAUGUCCUACGGACAACCACCACCUUCCAUGCCACCAGCGGGCUAUCCGCCACAGCUUCCUCCUGGGUAUCCACCCACGCCAACUCAGCAGCCACCACCACAGAAUCUCCAAAACCUUAUUACAUCUCUCGACUCCAGUGGCUUGCAGAGUCUUCUCGGCGCUAUGGGUCAGCAGCAGGCGCCUACUCCACAGACACCGGGGUACGGACAGCAGCAGAUGCCUCCAGCGGGAUACGGUGCUCAACUGCAUCAGCAACAGCAGGCGGCUGCUAUGGCGGCCCUGCAGCAGAAUCCUGCGAUGGCUGCUGGUUUGCAACAACAACAACGACAACAACAACAACAACCACAACAACAACAGCAGCAGCAGCAGCAGCAGCAACAGCAAAGUGGUGCUGCGGCUGGACAGGUGAAUAUGCAGGAUAUUCUGGCUAAGCUGGGGAGUUAUGGGAAGUGA